GGAUCUAUAAAUAAGCUCAUCUGGAAUAGGAUUGGUUUAAUGAUUUUCUUAGUACUAUAAACGUGAUUUGCAUGUACUACCAACAUGCACAGAUGUGUAAAGCAAAACGCUAGUGAAUAUCGCCGCCCUUAAAAAUGCAACGUGAAAGAAAAUCGAGAAUGAAGUUGUGCUGUGAUGAAAAAUAAAAGCAAUGUUAUUCGCUGUGGUGAACGAAACAAACCGAUUUUAAGAAUGAAAAAAAGUUAUAGGAGCGUCCCAACAUCGUCGUACGUCAUAGCUGGCCUGUACUAGUCUGGUGAACUUCGCGCGCAACCAGCGCUAAUCACCCAAAACUCGUGCAUUAAAUCGAUUAGUUGACGAAGUGAAAGAAGAACCCAAAACUACUUGGAAAAGUGAAGUGCACAUCCUUUCGGACGAGGUGCCCCAACCCGCCGGCAACUCGUUUUUGACGCGUUGAGAAGCGUCAAAAAUAGAAACUGUCGCCUGUCAGAGAGAAACCAACGCCGUGAUCAUUGGCCACCCAAACAAACACAACUGUGUCACGGCGAAAACCGCCUGCAGCUGGCAGCGAUGAAUUGCGGUACCAACAACUGGAAUGUGACAUUAUACAUAGUGACAUGGAACGUCAGUGCAAAAUUUCCGGAAAAUCUAUCUCUCCACAAACUAUUGGGUUUGGACCUAAACACCAAUCAGGAGACGGAAUUUCCAGACUUUUUCGUUAUUGGGCUGCAGGAGGUGAACGCUCAGCCCCAGAACACACUAUACAAUCUCUUCAAAGAUGACCUCUGGACGCAGAAAUUUAAAGAGAUCCUCAAGGAGAGGGACUACGUAGUGAUUAAGACAGAACAGAUGCAAGGCCUGCUGUUGUCGGUUUUUGCCAGGCGAAAACAUUUACUCCACCUUCGACAGGUGGAAACCGAAUACACCCGGACGGGACUUGGAGGCAUUUGGGGCAACAAAGGUGCUGUUAGUAUAAGGCUGAAUGUGUACGGAUGCUCAAUUUGUUUGGUCAACGCCCAUUUGGCAGCCCAUGAUCACAUGCUGGAGGAGAGAAUCAACGACUACGAAAAAAUUGUUCAGGAACACAAGUUUCACGUCAAAACGAAAGAGGCCAUCUUCGAUCAUGACUACGUAUUUUGGUUCGGCGAUCUCAACUUCCGGUUGACGGGUGAAGCUACCACAUCCGCGGAAGAAAUCCGUGCAAUGGUUACAAAGGAUCAGCUGAAAAAGCUUAUCGAAAAGGACCAACUGCUACUAGUCAAACGGGAAGGUCGAGCAUUUCAGAAGUUGAAUGAACGACUUCCUCAAUUUCCGCCCACAUUCAAAUUUGAGCAUGGCACCAAUGAUUACGAUAUGAAGCGACGUCCCGCCUGGACCGACCGGAUACUAUAUGCGGUGAAGGAGAACAAUUACCGGAAUGUGAAGCUCACGGUGGAGCAGACUUCGUACAAAAGCCAUCCCAGCUACAACAUAAGCGACCACAAACCGGUAUCGAGUGAAUUCACUAUCAAGGUUACCCGUAAGCCUCAGUACAGCGGUGAGCGCUUCAAAGCUCAUCACUAUCAGCGGCUUAGCUACCGCAUGGCGAUCGCCAACGGUACCGAGCCGUUUGCCCGGUUGAACUCAUUUGAUGACCUCGUUUCCGAUCUGGUUGAUGGCGCACAGGUAUACGAGGACACAACCGAGAGGACCAUCGUGUUCAAACCGGUCGAACUUUGGCUGGUGGGCGAACCAAACACGAUCGAGUACACGAUUCCGGCCGAGUUCGAAGGAGGCAAUGCCGAUUGGAUCGGGAUUUAUCGGGAGGACUUCACCAGCUUGAGCGAGUACCUGGCGUACGAGUACACCGAAUCGCUGAAAGACAAGCAGCACCUGAUGAACGACCAGCAGCUGCAACAGCAGAAAAACGCCCGAACAAUUGAGCUGACAUUCUCGGAGAAUGUGAGCCUUCCACUUGGGGCCCGCUAUCAACUGUUGUACUUCCAGAGCACUGGUGCGCGAGGAGUAACGGGUCUGGUAGGCAUUAGUAAUUCCUUCCCGGUAGAAAAGCGUUGCCCGUCGCCUUCGUUCGACGAUAUCGAUUGAUACCGGAUGGGUCAACCCACUUCUUCCACAACCACCACCACCAUCACCCAUAAUUGAACUAUUGAAACAAUAGCUUCUCGCCUGGCACCCAUGUGUGAUAAAUGAUAGUCACUAAAUUUACUUUGCAUCAAACGUAUUCGGAAGCAGUAACAAAUUGGGUAAAGUUCCCGUAGAACUAGUUAGUAGUGUGGCCUUACAAGGUAACAUUAACGCAGAUUGUUUCGCUGGAUACUUCCUGGAGUAUCGACAUUUGCUGCCUGAGAAUUAUGUCGUGAAAGCAGGGUUAGAAUAAAGUAGAGUUAUAUUCGUACAACACCAAGUAGCAUGCAGAGUUGAAUGAAGCAAGUUGCUGUAAAAAGUGUCCAUGGUGUUUAGUAUUAUCCGGCGCAUAAUCGAACAUAAUUUUCCCCAAAAAUGGUCAAUUUUUGAGAGUAUUGAAAUUCUUGUCGUUCCGAUUUUUACAAAUAUACCAAAUCAACCUUUUACCAUAAAUGGAAAAAUAUGCGUGUUAAAAAUAUGAAAAUAUUUUUUCUCUCUAACCAACAACCAUUUCUAGAUUAUUCUCUUCAACAAAAUCAUAUAAAAGUGUUCAAAACGAUGAUAUUUAUCAGACUAAAAAAUCAAAUUAUUCGCGAACAACAAAUUCUUUCACGGAUAUUUUUGAAAACCAACAACCAUUUCUAGAUUAUUCUCUUCAACAAAAUCAUAUAAAAGUGUUCAAAACGAUGAUAUUUAUCAGACCAAAAAAUCAAAUUAUUCGCGAACAACAAAUUCUUUCACGGAUAUUUUUGAAAACAUAACAAAAACUAUGAAAAAGUAAACGUUACAAAUCAAUAAUUACUUCUCGGUUCAAUGUUACAAGUGUAAGUAUUCAGUCAUCUUAAUCUGGAUAUCCGUUGGUCACGGUCUCGACAGUGUUCUUCUGCUCCUUUAAUCCGCUAGUUGUCUUCCUCCUCCCAAUCACGAACGUUCAAUGUUCUCUCCUCCAGAUGUCAUUCUACCCAUCAAGGUUAUUUCGUCGUCAGGUAUAUUCAAUUCAAAAGUAAAGGUUAUUCAUAUUUAAGGUAAACUCUAUUCAGUAUAGAACCCUCCACCUGUCUUUCUUUAGAUCAACAAAAGAUCAUUGAACCCUAGGCUCAAUUGUAAUAUGGAACAAAGUCCUUCAGACGACUUUGCUCAACUCUAUUUCUUCUCAAUCCUGUUGUUACAUUAUUUUCUUCGAUACAAUCUGUCACUGACUCUUCCACGUUUACCGGUUCCUUAUUUAUGCUUGAAUCCGGCACUGGUACUUGUUCAUUCUCACUUGAUUUUUUCACCCAGUUCCUCUGGUUCAGCUGUAUCCUCCAAUAAACCCUUCAAAUGUGAAGCAAUCUGUUGUAUACCUUUCCAGAUAAACUUGAGCGAAUGGUUACAUCAAUUCCUUCCAUCUUAUCAACGAUAAACUCCUCUGGAGAAAACUCUGAACUGAGCUUGUUCUCUUUUCUCAUCCGCUUUGCUAAAACUAUCUCCGAUCUCUAUGCUGCUGGAUCUCGCCGGGUAUCGGGAUAAUUCUUCCCCUUACUUAUUCAAAAUGUCCGAUGCCUUGGCACCAGCGGCAAGUUUUCUCUUUUGCAGUUUUCUCUUGUUUCUCUUGCAAGUUUUGGUUUGGACACAUCCAUGAAAACCGCACGCAUAACACAGGACAUUUCAUUAUUUUGGACUCUGCUUGGUUUGGUCAAGAACCUACUGAUGACGCGAUUCUGCUUCCGCUCAACUUUUGUCGUUUUCUGAACUUUACACACUUCGUUCUGGUUGCGAUAUUUUAUUUCAAUAACUUUCUCCUGGAAACGAACGCUUUCAGCGCUUCGAUGUCAGAAAAUGAUUGGUCAUUCUCGAGAAUUUUGCGUUGCAGUUCUUCACCUCAAUACCGCUCCUGACCUCCGGAGCAUAUUUCUCAAAUCCAAACUCCAUUAACUGUUGCCAUAACCGGAGAACAUAAAAAUUUAGCAAUUUCUGAUCGGUGAUUUGGUAUGAUUCGAAGUAGUAUUCUAAUGAUCGUUUCCAUUCUUGCCACUUUUUGGCUAGCUUCCUGCUCUCAAUUUGUUCACAACGGAACAUCGGAAUCGGACGGCUCUUAGUUUGACUAACUAUAAUAGAACACAUUCAUUCUGCCAGUCGAAUGUUUCAUGUAUACCCACCAUAAUUCCGGCCUAAUGGUUACAUGCCAGCCACUGGUCAUAUUUUAUGUAUUUUAUGUAUGUUAUGCCAGCCACUGGUAAUUUUUUAUGUGUAUUUUAUACGCUUUAGAAACUUAAAUUUGUAACAGGCCUUCUACUCAGUUUUCAUUCUAGGCACUAACACACACACUAGACACCUAAAGAUUCACCGGGCUAAGCCUCACCUAAGCCUCCUAGCCACAGUUAUCAUUCUAGGUCCUCGCGCACUAGAAUUCAAAUUAUUUUCGUUUCACAUCGAGCCCCUAGCCACGGUCACCCUUCUAUGCCCUCACACACUAGAAUGUCGAUUAUUCUAGGCCCUCUCACUCUAGAAUUUCAUUUUUUGUUUACGAUGUUACAUUGACCAGAGUCUGGAUUUUAAGCUCUCUUCAGAACACUGAUUCGUUUACAUUAGAAUUCCGACUAUUCGAUAACUUGUCACUCAAUCUCGGAUUUCUACUGUAUAGCUUGUCACUCAAUUUCAGGCUUCUAUUACAGUAGAAUCUCGAUUAUCCGUGAGCGGAUUAUACGCGAAAACGAGUUCCCUAGAUUCUAUAGACCUUCCCGAAAUUUGUUAUUGAGUGGUAGCAUCUUGCGGUUUUGUUUUGGCCAUGACUUUCACGUUUCCUCAACACGUCCUUACAGAUGGAUAGUUAAAUGCUUCCUGUAUUGAUGAAACAUGGUUUUCGUGCUCUAACAUCUUUUUUUCGUGUUUGCACCUCAUUUUUAACCCUUCAUUGUGUUAUCCGCGAUUUUCGUUAUACGCGGUGACCUAGCCCGACUAUUUCGCGGAUAAUCGGGGGUUCUACUGUAUAUAUAAAUGAGUUGUCACCAGUCGCCACUUGGUGGCACUCAAUCAAAAUUAUUAUGCACCUACGAAUUUAUUUCUUUGCUAUUCUCUUUCAUUUUCUUUCACAUAACCUAAAAACCGAAAUUACCCUUCUUCAAUCGGGUUCGACCUACGUAUUAUGGCCAUUUUUCAUAAAAUAAGAAAUACCUUUAAUCCUUAUCGCCAGGUGUACGUAUUCUGUCUGCUUAAUCUGGAUAUCCGUUCGUCUCGGUCUCGACAGUGUUCUUCUGCUCGUUGUCUCCAUCCUCCCAAUCACGAACGUUCAAUGUUCUCUCCUCCAGAUGUCAUUCCACCAAUCAAUGUUCUUUCGUCAUCAGGUAGAUUUAAUUCAAAAGUGAAGGUUAUUCAUAUUCAAGGUAAACUAUUCAGUAUAGAACCCUACAACUAGCUCUAUAUUGUUGUCUAGUUUUCAUCGGAGAUGAAUGAGAGCAUCGACUCAAGUGAAGGAACCUUUUUCGAAUAUUCAUCAUUGACAACAUUCUAACAGUAUAUUUAUGUUAACUCAAAAGAAUCUGAAUGUGAAUGUUUACAAAAAAAUUGCUAUCUUUCGUAUACAAAAAGCUGUAAAAUUGAAUAUGAACAAUCGUUUUGGGUUUUGUUUAAAGUUUAUGUGCAGCCUUUCCAAACACCCGGUAUAAGUUUGCUUGCUUCACAACAACUUAUGGACACUACUGAGUGAAGAAAAUAGUUUCUGAAUGAAACUCUGGCGUAGGGUGAUAGAUAACGAUAUAGAACUCUGAGUUAAGAACUAGCUAAUUAUAAAGAUUUUAAUGGUAAGUUGCCUAAUAAAGGCGAACAAUUUUUCUUCCUUCAAAUAUUAGUUGUUCAACGUUUCUUUCAAAACGCUACAUCAGUGGUUCUAGAGUUACAAAGUUUUAAUUUAAAUGCAACACUCCCUAGUUAAAUAAUACUUUCACGAAGUGGAAUGGUUCAAUUUCGCUUCGCGUAUGAGUUGUUUUGAUGUUGAUAGUUUAUUUCUGUUACUGUAGGUGUAAAGUUUACAAACUGACCAAGGAUCGCUGCAACAUAGAAUCGGUCUUACGCGAAACAGUAAUGAUCGGUAAUCUCUAUCACUAGCUAUUGGGCUCUAUUGUUGAUCAAUUAUAUUUACCGAACAACCAUCUUUGUCGAUUGUAGCAAACACAGCCAAAAAUACACUAAUAACCCCCUCUUGGAAACGAGUUCCACCACAGUAAAUAAAUUGCAUUUUUGAUCUAUUUGGAAAUAGGUUACAGGAUAA